AUGCGAACCGCCGCUCUCAUUUCGCUAGCCACUGCUGUCCUGGCUUGGGACAACAAAACCAUUGACACCUUCUACCCUGAUAUUGUUGACCCUGGGUGUGUAGUGCAGACAGGCAACUCCUCCUACUCGGCCAUCCCAGUGGGCUCUGUAGGAGGUACUCCCGACACAGAAAAGUACGGCGAGUAUAACUACUGCUUUAUGCCCCACCCCAGAGACGACACCUACGAGCUGCCUUCCCAGAAGGAUGCCCAGAUCGUGGCUUUGACCUACGUUCAGAGACAUCAGAAGCGAUCUGCUUACCAUACAUUCCCGGAGGGAGAAGAUAUUGCGUACUCGUGUUCAGACUUUCUGCCUUUCUUGUAUGGAGGCCCUGCCAACCGGGCUACCCAGCGAGACCCCGUGCACGUGUACGCCUCCACUUACUCAGACCCCUCUGUUAACCCAUUCUCCACCACCCAUGACCCCAACACCACUUGUCAGUUCCCCCAGCUGACAUCCGGUGGCUUUGCCGACGGUAUCACACAUGGACGAGACCUCUGGGCCGUCUACGGAGAUAAACUUGGUCUCCUUCCCAAGUACCCCACUCCCGAGACCGUCUGGCUUCGAUCUUCUACCAAAGCUCUGACCCAGCAGUCUGCCGGAGGAGUUCUUCGAGGUCUGUGGCCUUACCUUCGAGACACUCUACCUCUGCACCAACAGGAUGAGCAAAUUGACUCAAUUGGAUCCAACUACCCCUGUGACCAGCGAGACGCUUAUGACGCUACGUGGAAGAAGUCUGAUGAGUUCCAGGAACACAUGCAGGUGCUCAACCCCCUGCAGACGGAGUUCAAGACGGCCUUUAAGACCAAUGUCAGCGACUGGAACAGCGACUGGGACCACUACAACGAUAACUUCCAGGCCCGACUCUGCAACGGCUACGCUCUGCCUCCUUCUGUGAACGACACUGCUGCCAACACUGUAUUCAAGGCCGGAGAUUGGGAGUACAACUACCACUACGUCACCCAGAAUAACGCUACCAACUACGUAAAGCUCAAGGCCGGUGUUUUGAUUGGCGAGCUUGUUGCUCAGCUCCAACAGGUUGUCAACGGUACUUCCUCUAUAAAGUACCAUCACGUCUUUGCUCACGAUGGAGAUGUGGCACCUUUAACCGCUUCUCUGGGUAUUAAGACCCUGCGAUGGCCUGGAAUGGGCUCCAACAUUGCACUGGAGCUUUGGAAGCUCAAGAACGAGCACUUCAUUCGAGUUCUUUACUCCGGUCAGCCCAUUCGAUCCAACCUCGGCGAUCUGUCCUGGAUCAAGUUUGACGACUUUGUUGGCAAGUGGACCAACAGUUCUGUUCCCAAGAACAUCUUUGACGAGUGCAAGGUGAGAAACUGA